AUGGGCCCCUCCUUCGCAAGGCAGAUCAGCCCCAAUUGCCGACUGGUGGAUUGCAAGGUGCCGAGUCCCACGUGCGCGGACCCACCGGACGACACGCGCCUGGAGUUCAAGGACUUCAAGCGCGAGGCCCGGACCUUGGCCGAAGAGUUCUUUUGCUCCCAGGACGUGGAGGGGAUGGUGGCUUCCGUGAAAGGCUUGGGAUGCUUGCCCUUCCAUGAUGAGCUUGCAGCCUUACUUCUGAGAGCCUCGCUGGACCAGAAGGAUGCCACUAGACAAUCCGUCAUCCCGCUCUUGCUGACGCUCCAUGAGAAUGAGCUGCUCUCCACGGCCCAGUUGGCCCGUGGCUUCGAAAAGCCGCUUGGAAAACGGAGUCUGUAG